AUGAUAUUGUCCCAGUGCAAGUCCAGGGUCCCGCGGUACAAAAGUGGCGACGAAAAGUGGAGUGAAAGCGCGAUUGCGAGCAACGACGACGGGCAGAAUAGUGUUGACCCCACGGGUGUGAUAAACAAUCAACGGCAACAAAACCAGCCGAUUAUCCCCGUGUCGGCGGUCCACUAUCAGCAGCAGUUUAUUCCCGUCUCUGCUGCCCAGCAACAGCAGUACGCGCCUUUCCCGCCCCACCAACCGCAAGCACAGGUCGGUAGCGAUGUGUUCGUGCAAAUUUUGCAAAUGAUGCAGCAGCAGCACCGAGAGAUGAUGACCCAACUGAUUCAACAGCAGCAGCAAAGUGAUGAGAAGCAUGAACGCUUUCUCCGUACGAUCGCAUCGUCAAUCAACGUGCAGGUACCACCGAAUCCGGAACAGAUCCUUGACUCUUCGGCCGGCAACAUCAAGGAAUUCCGGUUCGAGGCCGACUCCAACGUGACGUUUGCGGCUUGGUACUCGAGAUACGACGAUCUCUUCGAGAAGGAUGCUGCUAGAUUGGACGGUGAAGCAAAAGGUCGUCUUCUUUUGCAAAAGCUGGGUGCAUCGGAGCACGAACGCUUCCUGGAAACAGUGGCCAAGCUCAAGAGCCUGUUCGGAGCAAAAGAAUCGGUGAUCAGCCGUCGCUACCGAUGCCUGCAGAUAGCGAAAAAUCCUGCAGAGGACCAUGUGGCAUUCGCUUGCCGCGUAAACAAGGCUUGCGUGGAGUUUGAGCUGGGUAAGCUCUCGGAGGAGCAAUUCAAGUGCUUGGUCUACGUGUGUGGUUUAAAAUCGGAGAACGACGUCGAGAUUCGCACCCGCCUCCUCACGAAAAUAGAAGAGAGAAAUGACGUGACGUUGGAGCAACUUUCGGAGGAGUGCCAGAGGCUGUACAACCUGAAGCACGACAGCGCCAUGAUCGAAUCUCCGUCCACGUACGACCAAGUACAAGCGAUAAGAAAAUUUGGUGGGAAGCGUGCCAGUGCCAAACCCCGAAAAACUGGAAGGAGGCGCAGGAAGCAACCAGUGUCCGCCAAGGUGGUGGUAGUCGAUGUGUGCAGUGUGCAGCAACGACGCAGAUAUGUCUCCGUGGGCUUUUCUGGAACAAAAAUUCGCCUGCAACUCGAUACCGCCUCAGACAUCACCGUCAUUAGCAGGGAGAUUUGGCGGAGCAUUGGCAGUCCUGCGUUAUCGUCAGCAACGGUGAAGGCGAAGACGGCAUCUGGCAGCAUACUAUCGCUCGAUGGGGAGUUCGAGUGCGACGUCACCAUCGGAAGCAGUACACGACGUGAGCUCAUCCGUGUAACCGAGAAGCAGCUGCUGUUACUCGGAUCCGAUUUGGUCGACAGUUUCAACCUUUGGGCCGUCCCUAUGGACACCUUCUGCUGCCACGUGUCUGGAACGCCAGUGUCGACAGGUGCACUCAAGUCGUCUUUUCCAGAGGUCUUCAGCGAGAAGCUCGGCUUGUGCACCAGAACAAAAUUGAAGUUGGAGUUGAAAGAAAACGUUCGACCCGUCUUCUGUCCGAAGCGUCCGGUAGCUUACGCUAUGUAUGAUACCGUUGAUCGCGAGCUCGACCGGUUAGAGAAAUUGGACAUCAUCACCCCGGUCGAUUAUUCGGAGUGGGCCGCUCCGAUCGUCGUAGUCCGCAAGUCCAAUGGCUCCAUCAGGAUUUGCGGAGACUACUCAACGGGUCUGAAUGCAGCUCUCCAAUCACAGCAGUAUCCACUUCCACUUCCGGAUGACAUCUUCGCCAAGCUGGCUAAGUGUAAGAUCUUCAGCCAGAUAGAUUUGUCCGACGUCUUCUUACAGGUGGAAGUUGACGAGCAGUACCGUAGUUUGCUGACGAUCAAUACGCAUCGUGGUCUCUACCUCUACAACCGCCUGCCGCCGGGUUUGAAGAUCACGCCUGGCGCAUUUCAGCAGCUCAUCGACACAAUGUUAGCCGGACUGAAGGGCACUUCUGGCUACCUCGAUGACGUCAUCGUCGGCGGAGAAACUGAAGAGGAGCACGACCUCAAUCUACGGGGUGUCCUGAAGCGAAUCCAAGAUUUCGGAUUCACGAUUCGUGUUGACAAGUAUUUGUUUCGCAAGCAGCAAAUCCGAUACUUGGGACACAUCGUCGACAGUCGCGGGUUGCGACCAGAUCCGGCGUAA